GUGAACAUCCAAUCUCAAAAUGGCUUCACUCCCCUGUACAUGGCGGCGCAGGAGAACCACGACGGGGUGGUCAAAUUCUUGCUCGCCAACGGAGCUAACCAGAGCCUGGCCACAGAGGACGGAUUCACUCCGUUGGCUGUGGCGAUGCAACAAGGCCAUGAGAAGGUGGUAGCAGUUCUUCUAGAAGCUGAUACAAGAGGAAGGGUCCGCUUGCCAGCGCUCCACAUCGCGGCAAAGAAGGACGAUGUCAAAGCAGCCAAUUUGCUGCUUGAGAACGAGCAUAACCCCGACGUGACUUCCAAGUCCGGAUUCACCCCGCUACACAUCGCAGCCCACUACGGCAAUGAAGCCGUGGCCAGACUGCUGUUGGCCAAGGGGGCUGAUGUCAACUGUGCCGCUAAACACAACAUCUGUCCUCUGCACGUCGCUGCUAAAUGGGGCAAAGACAACAUGGUAUCCCUCCUAUGCGAUAAUGGAGCUAACGUAGAAGCUCGCACCAGAGACGGCCUGACCCCGUUACACUGCGCGGCGAGGUCAGGUCACGAGAGAGUGGUCGAGGCUCUGCUGGAUCGAGGCGCGCCUAUUACUAGUAAGAGUAAGAACGGCCUCGCGCCCCUCCACAUGGCCGCCCAAGGGGACCACGCCGAAGCCGCCAGGGUCCUGCUCUCGCGCCGGGCUCCGGUGGAUGACGUCACCGUGGACUACUUGACCGCUCUGCAUGUCGCCGCACAUUGUGGUCACGCUAAAGUUGCCAAGCUUCUUCUGGAUAGGAACGCCGACGCGAACGCACGCGCAUUGAACGGCUUCACCCCACUACACAUCGCCUGCAAGAAGAACAGGAUCAAGGUUGUGGAGUUACUGCUCAAGUAUGGAGCCAGUAUACAAGCAACGACUGAAUCUGGCCUGACUCCACUCCACGUAGCCGCCUUCAUGGGUUGCAUGAACAUUGUGAUAUACCUUCUCCAGCACGAGGCCAACCCUGAUGUACCCACUGUCAGGGGAGAGACGCCUUUGCAUCUAGCCGCUAGGGCUAACCAGACGGACAUAAUCCGCAUUUUGCUUCGCAACGGCGCGGCUGUAGAAGCUAAGGCCAGAGAGAGACAGACGCCUCUCCACAUCGCCUCUCGCCUCGGCAAUGUGGACAUCGCCGUGCUUCUCCUGCAACACGGCGCUGACGUCAAGGCUAUGACUGCUGACCAUUACAACCCUCUUCAUAUCGCUGCUAAACAACACAAUCAUGAUGUUGCAGCUGCUUUGAUUGAGCACAACGCUCCUUUGACGGCCACCACCAAGAAAGGGUUCACUGCCUUGCAUCUUGCUGCUAAAUAUGGAAAUUUAAAGGUCGCAAACCUUCUCCUCGCCCACGGAGCGUCCCCGGACCAAGCCGGGAAGAACGGCAUGACCCCGCUACACAUCGCCGCGCAGUACGACCAGCAGGCUGUAGCCACUACGCUGCUGGAGAAAGGCGCUGAUGCCAAGGCCGUAGCUAAAAACGGACACACACCCCUUCACAUAGCGUCUCGCAAGAAUCAGAUGGAGACUGCUGCGACAUUACUAGAGUACGGCGCUGUGACCAACGCCGAGUCUAAGGCUGGCUUCACACCACUCCACCUUGCUGCUCAGCAGGGUCACACAGAAAUGUGCUCCUUACUCUUGGAACAUGGUGCUGAAGUGGACCAGCAAGCUAAGAACGGUCUCGCCGCGUUACAUCUUGCUGCUCAAGAAGAUAGAGUACCUGUCGCUCAGUUGCUGGUCAAGAAUGGAGCUGAGGUUGAUAUUUGCACUAAAGGCGGCUACACGCCACUACACAUCGCCAGUCAUUACGGACAGGCCAACAUGGUGCGUUUCCUGCUAGAAAACGGGGCAUCUGUCAAAGCGCAGACCACUCACGGAUACACUGCUCUUCAUCACGCGGCACAACAAGGCCACAUCAAUAUCGUCAACAUUCUGCUUGAACACAAAUCUGAUGCCAAUGCUACUACUACGAAUGGCCAAACCCCCUUGGAUAUCGCGUCUAAACUUGGCUACGUGACAGUGAUGGAGACCCUGAAGGAAGUCUCUGAACCCUCGAUGGCUCCAGCCUCUCAGGACAAGUACAAAGUAGUGGCGCCUGAGACCAUGCUGGAAACAUUCAUGUCCGAUUCUGAAGAAGAAGGAGGUGAAGAUACAAUCCUGAACGACCAGCCGUACAGAUACCUGACAGCAGACGACAUGAAAUCACUUGGUGAUGACUCUCUGCCCAUCGACGUGACCAAGGACGAGAGGACCGAGUCUGCUUUGAGCCAUAAGAACAUUAUGGAGAUGUCGCAUGGCUCAGUGAACGGCAUUCCCUACCAGCCCCAACAGGAGGUGGUGGUGAAGAGCAUCAGCCGGUACAGCACCACCCAAGCUCCUGAGGGAUACUGCUACAAUGUGGAUCCCACGCAACCCAAGAAAAAACUGCAAUGGAAGAAUUUCCUCGUGUCGUUCCUGGUGGACGCGCGCGGCGGCGCGCUGCGCGGGAGUCGCGGCGGCGGCGUGCGCGUCAUCGUGCCGCCGCUGUCCGCGCAACAGCCGACCAGGAUCACUUGCAGAUAUCUGAAACCAUCGCGCAUCAACCACAUGCCUCCGCUGAUGGAAGGAGAAGCUUUAGCUGCUAGAGUGCUCGAGAUGGGACCCGUCGCUGCCAAGUUCUUAGGCCCUGUGAUCCUUGAAGUGCCUCACUACGCGUCUCUCCGCGGCAAGGAGCGUGAGAUCGUGAUCUUACGCUCAGACAAUGGCACUAGUUGGCGAGAGCAUACUGCUGAUGCCACUGACGAUGUUGUCCAGGACAUACUGCACGAGACCUUGGAGAUUGAAGAAACAAACGAAGAUGAGAAAGCUUGGGACGCGCCGCGCGUCACCAGAAUCCUGACGCACGAUUUCCCGCAGUACUUCGCUGUCAUAUCGCGCAUCCGCCAGGAGGUCCACGCCAUUGGGCCUGAAGGUGGUAUGGUGUCUAGUUCGGUGGUGCCCCAAGUACAAGCGGUGUUCCCUCAGGGAGCCCUAACGAAGAAGAUUAAAGUCGGUCUGCAGGCCCAAAUUAUAGAUUCCGAACUAACCGCCAAGCUACUUGGCCGUGGAGUUGCUGUGUCUCCAGUUGUGACAGUAGAGCCCAGAAGGAGGAAAUUCCAUAAGGCAAUUACAUUGAGUAUGCCGGCACCGAGACCCCAUACUCAAGGAAUGACAAACCAAUAUAGUACUUCAUCAGCUCCCACUUUAAGGCUGCUUUGCUCCAUAUCAGGGGUAUUUCGCAAACGAUCUCUCGAAGGAGGAACAAAUCGAGCUCAUUGGGAAGAUGUUACGGAAAAUACACCACUGACUUUCGUGAAUGACUGCGUAUCGUUUACGACUACCGUGUCAGCUAGAUAUUGGUUGAUUGAUUGUCGGCAUAUAGAAGAUGCUACUAAAAUGGCCACCGAGCUAUACAGGGAAGCAAUCCACGUACCAUUCAUGGCUCGUUUCGUGGUUUAUGCCAAACGUACUGACGAAUGCCAGGCUCAACUACGCAUGUUUUGUGUCACCGAUGAUAAAGAGGACAAGGCGCUCGAGAGGAUCGAGAGGUUCAUCCAGGUCGCCAAGAGCCGUGACGUUGAGGUUCACGAAGGAAAGCCCAUCUACUUGGAGUUUGGUGGCAACCUGGUCCCAAUCGCGAAAUCUGGAGAGCAGUUGUCAAUUCCCUUCAGAGCCUUCCGGGAGAACCGUAUGGCUUUCCCUGUUAUGAUAAAGACACAAGACCUGGAACCAAUCUGUAGGUGCCAGUUCAUGAGGGAUCCAAAGGUGCCCAAGGGUGAACCAUCGCCGGCUCCGAUUGCUAUCCUCAACAUCAUGGUACCAGAUGAUACUAAUGGUGAAAGGACAAGUCCCUUACCAACCGAUACCUUACCAAGGCGCACGGCCGAACAAGAACUUGUGUGGAGACAACGGCUCAGUGAUCCAAGAUUGGAAGACAUUUGCAACCUCCUUGGCAAAGACUGGGUACCCUUAGCCUACGAGCUAGGAGUGAGCGUGGCAACAGUAAAUCAGAUUCAAGCCAAGAGGAUCACAUCAGCAGAACAGGCGCAGUUAAUGCUGAAGCUUUGGAAAACUCAAUCUGGUACCAAAGCUUUAGAUAACUCUCUCGAGCUAGCGUUAUGUCGCAUUGGGAGAGAUGAUAUUAUUGCCCCCCAAUCUGAGGUUACAAACGAGCGAAGGAUCCAACGUAAUAUAUACCAGGAACGGCAGGCUUCCGAAGAAAUUGACGCUUAUAAAGCAGAAGAAGACAAUAAAUUUAAAGAUAAGCUUUAUGAUGAAAAUGGAAUAGCAGAGCAUAGAGAGUUAGAACAUGAUCAAGAUGAAGCGAAAUAUUCUCCAGAAGAAAAAUCCAUUGUUGAGAAGAGUGAAAUAGAACGAACACCUACUCCAAGCGAAGACAGUGAAGAAGAUGAAGAUGUCAAACGAAGUGUAGCUGAGAGAAAAGAACAAAUUACAAGAAAAUUAAGUUCCAGCAAAAUACCUGCUUCGAAACAAAAGAAAGAAAUCCGCGAAGAAAUUAUUGAAAUCAAAACUCAAAUCAAACCAGAUAUCAAGAAAUUCCAUGAUAUUGAACAGCAGGUGGUAAAGGAGCCUAAAUUGGAAAGAACACGAUCAAAAACCUCACCUGAAACUGUUGAUGAAGAAAAAGAAGUAGAAGUUCACAUGGAACAAGUAAUUGAAAUGAAACAAGAAGAACCUAAACCAGUAGAACGACCUGUGGAACAAUUUAGAAAGUUUGAUCCAUCUUCACCUGCUAAGCCAACACCUAAACAUUUACAAAGGCAUAUGAGAAAUGAGUCGAUGAGAUUUCCAUCUGGAGAUUUUUCAAACGUAACUAUUACACCGCGUAAAUCAGUUACAUCGGAAACUACUGAAGUAAAGCAAAUCGCAGAAAGUAAAAAUGAUACAUUCACUAAAGAAGCCAUAUCACAAAAAGAAAUAGUUACCUCGAAAGUAGAAGAGAAGUUAGAUGAUGGUGAAAAAUCACCUGAUUUGAUCACAGAAGAUGAUAAAGAUAUUGCAGAAGCAACACUGAAAACUAAAAUUAGUACAUUUGAAUCUAAAAUUAUGAAGGAACCAUCAAUAGAUAUACCUAAAACAACAAUAAAAUUAACAAAAGAAGCUUUACAAAAACAUACAAUGGAACAAGAACAUGGUAUUGAAUAUACACAAGAAUUCGUCAGAGAUCAAACUAAACAAUUAUCUGGCAUGGCAACACAUGAGAAAAUCAUUCACAAAGUUUCAAUUGAAUCCGAAAAACAGGUUGAGAUGGUGAAAUCUGUGAAGGAGACGAUUCAACAUUUUGAUUCAAAAGUGAAAUAUGACGAAAAGUCAAAACAAAUUCCGAAAACUAUGAGGACUGACUCUACUUUAGUUCAAGUAUCUUCAGAGGAGGAUAGUGAAUUCUUGAAGAAAUCAACGGAUUCAGAGACAGAAACUGAUUCACAGACAACAACAAAGUUAGAAAAAAUUGGACAAUCAAAAUCGAAAGUAAACGAUAGCAUAUUCGAAAAGAAAAUAAUAGAUGACAAGUUAAAAGAUAAGCCAGAGGCGGAGAAAGACGAAAAGCAUAGAAAAUCUGAUUCUGAUGAUGAUGACAAAAAAGAUGACCAACGUGUUGGAAUCAAAGUUCAAAAAUUAGAAAAACAAAUGACGGAUGAGUUACGGUCAAAAGUAAGUGAAGAAGAAAUUACAGAGGCAUUAGAGGAAAAAGAUGUAUCCAUCACCGAAAAGGAAAAAGUGAAGAUUGAGAAUCAACACUCAAUAGCAAGUACUAAGUCUGAUCUAAGUAAACAUACUAAGACUGACUCAAUGGGAUCUGAUAUUCAAGAUCUGAUUGCUCAAAAAUUAUCCCAAGAAUCGCCAUUAACCUCGGUUAUAGAUAAAGCCGACUCCUUAGCUGAUUUACAACAAAGUACCGAAAAGGACUUUAGUUUUAUAUCACAAACUGAAUCGAAGGUUUAUUCAAAAGAAUCUAAACAUAGAAGUGAUUCAUUAGACGAGGCCUCUCAAUUUUCUGAUUUAGAGGAGCAAAUUGGCACAAGUCCAGCUCACAGACCUACAUCUAUUGAAAAAGAAUUGAAAACUGUUACUAAAACAAUGUUAGAUAAAACUGAAAUUACCACGGCGCAAACGAUAGAAUUCUUAAAGCAUGAGAGUGAAUAUAGUGCCCAAAUAGAUUUUACUUCUCUCAACGCAAAAGAACAGGUAUCACCAAAGGAGUCGCCUGUUAUAAGUGCCAAAGCACGGCAGUUUAUCGAAACAGUACCUGAAGACGAUUCUGUACAAGAGUGUUUCUUUUCGAAACGUAUUUAUUCUGACUCACUAGAAGAUUCUGAGCACACAGAUUCUAGACGACACUCCGAAGCAGAAUCCCUAAAAUCAGACCAAUCGGAUAUCAAAGCUAAAAUAUCUUCAUCCGAUUUUGAUGAAAGGGCUGAAUAUGAAGAAACAAUAGAUUCGGGCAGUGGAUUUGGUGAUGAAAAAUUCGAAGAAAGUAUUGGCUUUACAGCUAUAAGAAUUGAUCCAAAACUAAUAGAGAAACAAGAUUCUGAAUCUGAUAAGGAACCCGAUUCCAUUUUCAAAAAAAUGGGACCUAAACGUCAUUCGAGAACUGAAUCUCUCAGUAUAACUAAAUUGAGUGACUUACAAAUGGACAUAGAACUACCCAAAAAGCAAGAAUUCCAAGUGAUUGUAACUGAGGCAGAAGAAGUUGACAGAUCACUAGAUGAACCUUCAGAUAAAAUUUCUUCGGAAAGUAGCAGAGAAAUAGAAAUAUCAGAUAGAAAGUCAUCCGAAGGAAUUUCAGAUAAAAUUAGUUCUGAGGAUGCUGUCACAGAUAAAAAGACAUCAUCUGAAGAAGAAGUACCUAGAGAUCAAGUACAAGUCAUAAGUGAAAAAAUCAAGAGUGCAUCUGUUAUCAGCGAAACAGUCAAAGAUCUUGAAAAGCAUGAUAUUAGAACUCAACGUCAAUCGGUUACUUCCGCGGGCUCUGGAUCAGUUAGUGAACUUCGUCUAGAUGAAAAACGGCUAUCUGACGCGCAUAGUCUUACUGAAUCAAGGGAUUACACCUUUGAAGAGUCGGAAGAUGACAUUGGAACUCAAGGAACGCAUACGCAUGUUGAUGCAUCCAAAGAAAAGCAUGAAUCCAAGGAAUUAGAGUCCAAGACAAAAGUUUCAACGGCUGAACAAGCAGCAAAACUUGCUCGACUAAGCCAUGGUGAUUCACUAGAUGACGUAGAAGGAUUUCCAGAGGAUCACGUUACGGAUUACGUUCAUAAAUUACCACAUAUAGCAGAAAUAGGCUCGGUUUCCGAUAAAGACUUAAUGGCUGAAUUUUUGAGCAAGGAAAGAGAAGAGCAAAUGAAACGCGAAACGGUUCAUAUUGUCUCUACAGCUGCAACAAGCAGUUUUAGUGAACCAGUUAUGUCUGAAGCUACAGAAGUUUCUAAAGUAAUAAAAGACAAUGAUGUUAAUACAGAAAAACAUACUCAAAAAGGCAAAGAAACCAAGCAAAUUGAAUCUGUAGAGGAAACAGAUGUCACUACAAUUACGAUAGAAUCAAGUGCAACAAAAGAUCACAAGAAAAGCGAAACCAAAUUUGACGUUAGCAAGAUACGGACAGAUACUUUAGGUAAAUUUGACUUAGAAGAUAAUAUUGAAGAAACUAAAGGAAUAAAAAAAUUUGUGCCUAAAGAAUUAAAUUUAAAAGAAGCUGCAGAAAUAACAAAAGAGCAAGUAAAACCCGUAAUAGAUGAUAUUUUGCAAAAAGGAACUAUUGCGGCUGCCGCCAGAAGUCCAAUUUUAGACAGGGAUAUUAAAAAUAUUACAAAAGAUAUUGUUGAAUCAGAGAAGCGGUCUUAUGAUGCUAAAGCACCUCACAAAGAAGAACGUAGACAUUCUUGUAUCAGUCCUGCAAUUUCUUUAGAAAGAAUAGCAGAAUCUGAAGUGGAGACGGAAGAAGAAACGCCUAAUAUUAUAAGUAAAAUCAGUAUUGAUUCAAAAAUAACUUCAAUUAGUACUGAAAUGAAGAAAUCUGACUCUGCAAUGAAACAAAUGGCUGAUAAUAUUGAAAUUAUAAUAAAACAAGCUUCCGAAGAUGUGGAUCUGUCUUCAGAAGAACCAGAUGUAAAACAUCCUGUAAUUUCUGACCAAGACGAUGUAAUUGGACAAGUUUCAGUUGAUAUGAUAAUUGAAGAAGCUGUUAUCACAGUCGAAGGUUACAUGGAAUCAUCAAAAGAUAUAAAAGAAAGAGAAAUUGAAAUGACAACGGAAAUGGUAUUCGACGAAACUAAAAAGUUUUCAAAAGAGAGACCUGGCUUAAUUAAAUCUUUAUCUAGAGAUAGUGGCGAAAUUGUAAUAAUGCCUAAGAAAAAGCACCCUCGAACAUUUUCUGUUCAAAGUUCACCAGAAGAAGUCGAAGAACAGAUUUAUACUGAUUCUGAAUCAGACAUGGAUAAAGCAAAAGUUUUAGAAAUAAUUGAACCUAGUUCAGAUCUUGAAGGAAAAGUGGCAGGAAAUAAUUUUGAUACAAGAAAAAUUAGAACCGACUCAUUAGAUGAUGCAGAUGAUUUUCCAGAAAAAGAGGCUGAAUAUUUUGGCGACGACGGAAAGUAUCAUGAUGACAAUUUGGAAAGUCGCAAAUUUGAGGAAAGUCAUCUAAUAUCUGAAGUAACUGGCCCUGGUACUAGCGCUCAACAACCAGAUAUAGAUGAUGAUAAAUCAUCAGAUAAAGUUAUAAAAAAGACCCAGUUUGUAGAUAGAAUAUUACAUUCUGAUUUGGUUUCUAAAUCAACCACAGAAUCUUCAGUUACAACAGUUGUAUCGACACUAACUAAAUCGUCUGAUGAAGACCAAAAGUCGGUGCUAGAAGAUGCUACUUCUGCAGAUUUUUCAAAGAUAAGUGGUGCAGAUCUUGCAAAAGAUCCAUCAAAAACUUCCUUUGAUGCUAAGGAAGAUUCAAACAUUGAAGAGCAAAUAGAAUAUCGUGGUACUCCUGACUUAUCAAAGAAAUCGAUAAGUUUGUCUAAAGAUUAUUCAAAAUCAUCUAUUGAUAGUAAAGAUACUUCUAGAGAUUUUGCAACCAACGAGCUUUCUAAAGACUCCACCGUAGAUCUUACGAAAGAUUUCUCAAAGUCGUCUGUAGAAAGUGUUAAGGAAACAUCAAAGUCAAUAGAUGAAAAAACAUUCUCUGAAGACCAUUCAUCACUUGAUGUCUCUAAAACGUUAGCUUCUGAUGCUUCAGAAGGCAUAGCCAUGAAUAAAGAGUUUACAGAAGAAGAGAGAUCAGUGUCUAAAGUUGUGAGAGUAACCAGUUCUUCUGAAGGAACUUCCAUAAUGACUGAAAGCAAAUUAUUAAGUGAAAAUGGUGAUAAAUCUUUGGAGAAGUUAAAGGUUUCGGAUUCCGAACUUGAAAGAGAUUUUAUAGGAGAAAUGGACGAAAAAAUUGCAGAACUGAAAACUGAAUUUAAGAAAGAAGAAGAUAGUAUAAGAGAUGCAUCAGAACAAUCAUCAAGUGAUAAAGUAGUCCAUGGGAUAGAAACACUUUCGAAACAGGAUGAUAAGAUAACUGAAAAACACGAUGAUCAAGACGUAGAUGAUAUUGGCCCCGAUAGUAAAGAAUUGCAUAGGAGAUGCUCAAAUUUGUUGGAAGACAUAUCACAAGGUGCUCUUAUCAGAAUUGAUUCCAGCCAUGUUACUCAUGAUUUAGCGUCAAAGUUCUCGAAAACUCCGCCUCCGUCCCCAGUAGAUUUAAUAAUCAAGGAUAAAACAAAACUCGAGGAAAGUUCUGGCGAUAAGCAAACCGGGCUACAACUUAAAGGCUCCGAAUCUUCGUUCCUGGAUGCCAGCCGACAGUCACCUAGAGCUUCUUCAGCAGGAGACAGUCUCUACAGCGAAACUGAAGCUCAUCAAAGUGAUGUUUUAACGGAAGCAUCCAAGGCACUUAGUGCAGCCGCCAGACCCAAAUCUCCGACGAAACAUUUAGCGGAUAAUCUAUCUUUUAUAAAUGUUGAUCAACCAACUUUGACUAGUGGAGCUAUAGAACUUGUUGAUAGAACUAUAGAAAAAAGUAUUGAUGUGAUUGAUCAAAUUAAGAAAGAACAGUUGGCUGUUAAAAUGGAAGAAAUGCAAAAAUCCUCUUCUGAUACAUUCUUUAGCGAAUCAAGGAUUGAAACAUCAACGUCAUCUUCUUCUGUUCAUAAAACGUUCGAAGGAUCUGAAUUGAAAUUCCAAUGCAUUGAUCCUAAUGCAGUUAUGUCUAAUAUGGUUGCCAAUUUCGGAACGACAGAUGAAUACAGUACUAUUUUAUCACAUAAGGAAACAGAAACUAGAAAAAUUACGGGACAGGAAUUCUUUUCCGAGACAAAACAAGUGUCAUCGUCUGAUGAUGAUUCUUUGGUCAUAAAAACUGAAACUAAACAUGAACUACGAGGACAAGAGCAUGAAGUAAAAGAGAAAACAAUCGUACGUAAGGAAGGGGACCAGACAGAAACGUCUCAAAAAAAAGUAGAAAAAGCUCAUGAAGCAACUGCAAAACGGUCUGAUAUUGAGACAAAAACCGUUUUCAAAAGUACUGAUGACACUGAUAUUAUAAAAGUAGAAAGACAGUUUUCCGAACAAGGCCUUUAUACAGGUCGUCAAACUAAAUCUGAAGAAAAGAUGACGGCUCUAAAAGAUGAAACAAUCAAGAAAAAACAAGAAGUGAAGAUUUCAGAGAGAGAUUUAUCACAUGAACAAUGGGGAAAGGAAUAUUUUACAGAACCGGGAGAAUUAGAAGACAUCAAGGAAGAUGAAUCAAGAAUAGCAUUUGUAGAUACAACGCUUAAAAUUGUUGAAAAAGAUGAAGUAGUAUCAAGUGUUGAAGUGUCAGAAAAAGGUAAAAUCAUUAGUUCCAAAAUUGAACAUCAUAAAGAAGAAUCGAUUAUUGAAAGUAAGGAACAUGAUGAUCUAAGUUCAGAUGCUUCACAUGCGCCAAGUUUCAAAAGUGAAACUGCAGAAAGACGCGGAUCUUCUGAAAUGAGUCCAAGAAGUAAGUCCAAAUCAUUCAAGAAGGAUAAUGAAGUAUACGAAGUCGAUUUUAUCAAAGAAAUAAAAGUAUCAACAUCUCCGGUUAAAAGCACUUUUAGUAGAACAGGAAGUCAAGAUACACAAUCAGAAUCAGAAGCAGCUCCAGAUUUACCCCACGAUGAUAGAUCUGGAGAUACUCCAAAAAAAGAUAAACGAUCUCCCGUUAAACUGCCACAGCAACAAGUAGAAAACCAAGUUUGGGAAGUAUCUGUACAACAAGCUGAACCGUUUGAAAUUAUUGAUGUCAUUUCAAAACCUCUUGUUUCUUCUACAGCAACAAUUGAGUCAAGUACUACUAAAAGUUCUGAUAGUGACACAAUAUUAGAAACUAAAUAUGAGGUGGAAACCAAAACAGAAGUAUCCUUAAAAACUCCCAAAACCGACAUGUCUCCGAGUACACUAGAAAUAACUGAUGAUGUCAGUACAACAUCAAAGGAUAUUAUGAUAAAAUCUGGUGAAAGUAUUGACACUGAGUAUAUGAUAAAAUCACUUGAAUCCCACGAAGCAGAAAUUUUGCAAAAAUCUAUAGACUCUACUAUGAGUGCAGAAACAUUGCAUGCUUCAGAAUUUUCAACUGAAGCAGAUUCUGCAUUUUUGACUGGAACUGAACAAAGACGUACAGAAGACAUCAAAUUAGUGAAAGAAAAGAGCCUUGAGGAUAUUUGUAGUAGCGGUUAUGAUACUGAUCUCUCCUCUGCCGAGUUUCAUGCUAUGAAACUCGAGUCGGAUCGGGUUGAUUUCGAUACAUUUAUGUCUGCUCAGCCCCUCGCUGACUUGUCGGUUUUAGAAAAAACUAUUGAUGAAGUCAAACAGUCUCUUGAAGCAGCACAAGUUGAAAUUAUUAGUGAAAAAAGUGAUGGCAGUAGUAAAUAUAAGCAAUCUCCAUCUGAAUUCCAAUUUAAACUUUUAAUUAGUCCGGAUAGACCAGAAGUAAUCAAAGAAGAAACGCAUCCUGCUGAUGAACACAUUGAUAAAAGUUUCAAUCAAAUGCCCAAGGAAGAGAAUAUUUUAGAUAGUCAAAAAUCUGAGAGUAUUUCACAAAAAGCAAGUUCUCAUGAAGGAACAACCACAUCUGAUGAAGAUAAGGAAACUGUUCAAAUUAAAGAAUCAAGCCCACCUUUGGAUGGUGGAGAUUUGUCAAUAAGAUCUGAUAGUGGUCCUCAUUCCAUAAUAGAGACAGAAAGUGAAUUAAUACUUUCUGAUCGAGAUGGUUCUUCCAAAGGGAGUCCGGAAGUAAAAAUAAGAGUCCAAAAGCAUAUUAAGUCUAAAUUAGGGAUAGUGGAGAGAAGAUCUGCUUCUGAAAUAGAAGGAUGGUCAAGUUCUGGUGAAAGCCAUUAUCAAAGUUUUGAACACUCUGAAGUAAGUAGGCCAUUAUCUUCGGAUGUUGAAGUAAUGAUGACUGCACAAAGUGGAACUGAUUUUGAUACAGCUCUCACUAGUCACGAUGUAUCAUCACAAUCUUUAAGAACAUCAAAAGAUUAUUAUACAGCUGCAAGUUCGCUCGCUUCAAGGGAUAGUAUGAAAAGCCUAGAUUCGGAUAGUUCUAGCCAUGUAGCUAGCAUUGAUAUUUCCGAUGCAUCUGAAACUCUGGUACCUUCCGCUAAUGAGCUAAAAGAAGAAUUAUUAGAAAGUAGCACAUACGUAGAACAGUUUCUUCAUGAGGCUGACAAAGGCCACCCGCCUAAAGUAAAAGAUGUGAGUGAUGAUGAAGUAUCUGGUGAUGAUGAAGAUGAUAAAGCAGACGCAGAAGAGCCUGUGGGUAAAAUGAAAAGAUCACAUGAAAUGCGAUUUCAGCCUAAAGAAAUGAUUCCAGAACAUUUUCCAGCAGAAGGAGCUUCUGAGAGUACUGAGAUUGAUGAAGAUUCUACAAAAGAUAAAGAAGGUUCGGAUACUACUAUUUCAAGUCAAUUGAAGACAGAUGAAAUAUUGUCAUCUUCAAUUUCAAAACUUGAUAUGCCCUCUUCGACAUCUCAUUCAGAAAUAGAAACAGAAGUAAAAGAGGAAAUUAUCAAAAGUAAGACAAUUGCAGAACAUGCUAUACCUUUUGCUGUUACAAAAGUGGAAAAACCGUUGAGGGAAUUUGUUGAUAUUGAAAGCGAAAUUAUACCAGUUGGAUCUUCAGAAUAUGAAGAGAUAGUAAAAUGGGGUACUACGGUGACUUCUAUUGAAAAGAAACCAUUUGAUCAAGAAUCGUCAUCUAUUAUCAAAACUACAAUACACUCGGAUGAGAAAACUCCUGGACAAAAAAAGGUUGAAAUAACUGAGGAAUGCAUAAAAAAAGUUGUUAAAGAAGUCAGUGUUGCACCAUUUCCAGUGACUGAAAUACCUAUUUCACAAAGAGAGUUUGUAGAUGUUGAAGAUCAAAUUAUACCACAGGAAUCAAAACAGUAUGAAGAAAUCCUAAAAUCAAAAAGCGAUUCUUCAGUCCCUAAAACCAAGGUAGAAAAAUCAACUGUUAAAACACCGGAUUCACAAUUAGAGGACAAACAAAGUUCAACUUCCAGUUUGAAAACUCAAGAUCACUUAUCAACACCUCAUACGCCAUUGUCUGCUCCUAGUCAAAGUUCAAUAUCAACAGAUAAUGGAAGAGAGUAUGUUUUAGAUGACAUGUAUGAUAUAUCAGAGACUCCAGAGUUAAGGUCCGAUUUGGUCACAGAAAGUAGUAGAUCAGAACUUGUUAUAACCACUGAAGAAAGGGCCAUUCAUACUUAUGACAAAGAGCAAGACUCCCCUACCAGUGAUGAAUUUGAAAUUGUUGAUAAACCCAACGAAAUGGAUGAUUUUGUUGUUAUAGAAGAGGUUGCUAAGGAGGCGCAAGAAACCGAUACCGAAGGGAAAAGUGUCCAAAUAAAAUCACAGAAGUAUGUCAAGAAACAUGAUACAGAGGUGGAAGAGUAUUUAUCAAAAACUACUAAGAAACAAGAAAGUACAAGUAGCGCAUCAGGUUCACUAUCUGAUGAAGAAUUGCUUCAACAUGAAUUACAAAAGAGAUUACAAGAGCAAGAGCUAGCUGAAAUAGAAGCAGGCAAACGAUGGAUACAAAUGCAGUUUGAAGGAGACCCAAGAUAUGAAUACGAAAGGGUUCCUCUAGAAGACAUCAAAGAGGAAGAAAUGACUGACUUUGAUGCUAGUAGAAUAGGUAGUUUAAGUUCUCAAAAAGAAUCCAUAGGUAGUUACGGUAGCUUUAGAAACUCAUACGGAAGCCUUUCUGAAUCUGAGAUGGCAUCUCGUAUCAGAUUCAGAGUAAGAGGUGAAAGCGACGAUAUAUCCAUUAGUUCAUUACAAGAGUUUGAAAAUUUAGAGAAAGCAUUAAUGGAACAAUAUCAACAACAUUCUUCAUCAUCCCAAGACUCGUUAAAUGGUUCUUUACCAAGGCGAUAUAUACUAAGCAAAAGUCAAGGUGAUGAUAUUUCUAUUUCAAGUUUAAAGGAAUUUGAAGGACUUGAAUCAGCAUGCCUUGAAGCCUUAAAAGCCGAAAUUCUUGCAAAACAAAAAGAAGCUUUACUUCUUGCUGAUCCAAAAGAAGUAAGCAGUAGUUUUUUGGAAAGAGAAAAACGGUCAUAUAGUGGCAGUUCAGAAAGCAGUCCACCACAAAAAGGAGGAAGCCCUAGUCAAAAAAGUGGAAGUCCAUCCCAAAAGGGGGGUAGUCCAUCACAGAAAGUGGGUAGUUAUGGUAGUCCAUCACAAAAACUAUUGACAGACUCCGCUGCAAUACGAAAAUUAAUUGACCAACAAAUGGCUUUAGAGCAAAAAUUACAAGAACAAGUGACGCCUAAAAUAGUAACAGUAAAAAAAUAUGAUGAUAAAGGUGCAUACUUUGUACCUGAACCUGAACCAGAGAAAGACCGAACAUCUGAAGUUACAGAAGAAUGCAGUAAAACUUCUUCUUUUGUGUGCGCGGCUGCUCCUAGCGAUGGAUCAGCCGAAUCAAUACCCGGUGAUUGCGAAGAGAUGAUGAAAAUAUUAGACCAAGAAGAAAAAUCUAAGAGUAAACAAGCUGUCACAAAAACAUUUACUGAUGAAGGAGUAAUAGAAGUUGUAAGAACUACAACCGUUAUUCAACAAAAGUUUGUUGACGGCAAGAAAGUUUCCGAAACUGUGACAAGUACUGACGGAGAAGGUGCCGUGGACAUACCUGUAAGACCUCAUCAACUAGAUGAGAGUUCUAUGUCUUAUGGAUCGGAAAUUUCUUCAUCUAUGGUAUCUCAAUCAUCAGAGAUGGAUAGUUUGAUGACUGUUAUUGAGAAACACUCUUCAGAUGGUGAACUUGUAACUGUGACUAAACAGACUAUAAUAAUGACUUCUGAUAAAUCGGAAGACUUUGACUUGAGAGAAGGAAGUGCCGUUCGUGAGCUAUCGCCCUCUUCCGGGAGGUCUAUCGCUCACAGCGUCAUUUCUUUCUCUGGUAAACCAUUCACAGACCCAGCGAGUGGAUCGUGGAGUGGCCAGGAUGAAGAAUUGAGUUCUUCUGGAAGCUUCAGCAGGGGAGCCCGAGCUGACCUUAUGCUUGGCAGCACUGACAGCUUAGAAGCAACUAGUUCUAACGCAACAAGAGCCACCUACAACUACGAGGUUGACACCCCAAUGACUGGAAGUCUCACUUCUGGAGCGGCUCGCCCCCCAGGGUCGAACACAAUGGUCUCUUCUCUGGACACGCUGGAGCCACUGACGGCUGUUCAGAUGGAGAGUUUGGAGCACCAGUCGACGAGCGAACAGUAUUCACAUGAAUAUGAAGUGCAUGAACCGGAUUCUGACACUGAGAGACUGGAAUUGGACGGCCGAGCCCCACGAGCUAAAGAACGGACCAUCAUGUUUGAUAGCACGGACACCCUGAGCGCCGUGAGCGGCGACAGUUCUGUUAAAGAAGCUGCGGUUGAAACUGCAGCACCUACAUUCUACAUCGGCGAUACACCUAUUUUACGAGGUAUGAAACGAAGAAAUGAAGAAGAAGAGACUCAACCGCCAUUAUCAGGUAGUUGUCCAGCAUCCCUGCCGCCAGUAACGCAGUCUUCGCCACCUAUUCCAGCUCAACGAAGAUCUCUCACAAUGAUAGCAAAAUCUCCACCAUCCAGCCUAGAAGAAGCUGCAAAGAAGUAAUUUAGGAAUUUUCAUCCAUCUUUUGUAGUGUAAUCUUUUUUAUUUUUAUUUAGUUUAUGUCUUAUUGCAGCCUUAGCAGAUGCACUAUUUGUUAUUGAUACCAAUUUUGAAUUACCUAAUAGGACAACAUAUUACCCUGAUAGUGUCAUAGCGAAAUAAUCUAAAUCAUGUAGGAAAAUAUCAGUGUGUAAUAUUAAGACAUCUAUUGUGAUAGUAUCUAACAGAAGUACUUUUUGUACUCACAUGUCCUAACAUUGAUGUAUGAACUCUCUUUUUUGAUUGUAUUGUUCAAGAGUUUAAUCUUGACGUAUUGGAUCAACGCCUUGACUAAAAAUAUCAUUUUUUGUUCGGGUGUGAUCCUAUACGUGAAGUUUUGGAUAAUAUUUUGGUACUCACUUUUGUACUGAAGUCGGUUUUUGUACGACGGUGGUCCAUGUAACUUCGACCUAUCCUUCUAGAUAGUGCUUAGCUUUUAGUCUUGGAGUAAAAUGCUUAUUCAAUAUGAACUAACACUGUAGGACUAUUGAAUAUUUUAUAAGAAUACAAAUAAGUAGAUACGUUUCUUAUCAAUCAAAUAUCUGCAAUGAAGAUUUCAUGAUUAAUCAUGAAGCAUCUGAGUAAGACCGCGAGCGAAGUGAAGGUUUCCAAUCGGAUAUGACUCUUGCACAAUUUCUUACAUAAGUAGAUAGGUAGAUACUAAAUGUAGGGUAAGCAACUGCGGUCAGCUGCAAUAGUUAUGAUAUUGUUAUUUAUUUUAAUGAUGAUCUCGUUCGUAUUAAGUUAGUAAUUAUGUGUUUAACAUUAAACAGGUAACAUUGACCAUUUAUAUUUAUGAUCUCAUCAAUUGUUUAAUUAUUUUCUAGUUAUACUCGUUUCACUGUCACGUCAGUAUUUAUUCCUAGUUGUUUAACAAGUUGGCCGUAGAUUAUUAUAACCAAGUCAUAAAAUUGGUUAAGCUUGCUCACUUCCAGACGUUUGUAUGUUCCAGUUAAGGGUUAAGGAUUAUUACAAUGUUUACUAGGAACCUCGAUUUAAGUCGUGUUAGGAAUGUUACCCGAAUUUAAUUAGGGAUUGGAACCUUGUCAAAUCUGUUAAAGUGAUUAUUAUUAUUAAAUUAGAUGUUUCAUUCUUUCGUGAUUCCAUAUCUUACGCCACCUAUUUAAUUUUAACAAUCUUUACCAGUUUUGGCAAGUUCUCAGUUCAAGGAAUGAGACUGAAGGUGGAUAGAUCUAGGACGUGUAUAUUGAAGGGUACCGCUUAGCUAAUUCACGUGCAAAGCUGAUUUGAAGCAAUUGUUUUUCAUAUGAGUGAAACCCACUUAUAGUCGUUUCUGAAAUUUGACUUGCAACAUUUAUCUUUAGGAAAAAUGGAAAAAUAAUUGAUGAGUACUUUCAGCGCCAUUAUUAAAACUCGUAAAUUGUUACAAUGGGCUAUACCCACGUUUGAAGGAUAAGUUUUAUUACGUGCAUAAAGGAUAUCAGUAGAAACUUAUUUCAUUUAAAAAAGAGGUUCUAUCUUUUCAAGUGGCUCUUGGAAAGGUGUUCAAAAUUGAAAUAUCUUUAGUGGUGUAAGAAAAAAAAAGACGGUAAGAAAUUUUGAAAUUAAAAGUAAAUAAAAAAGUUUUAUUUCAGAAUCGAUGACGUAUUACAGUGGACGCUUAAGUAUUGUAACUAUCAAUAUAAAUAUAGGUAGUUAAUUUAAUUUUUUGAAUCGGUGUGCUUGAGAAUUCGUGUUGAUAUAAAAGCUAGAUUUAUCGUUGCUCGCUGACGUAUUAAGUUUCCAAAUUGAUUAAGU